AUGGCGACCCCGCCAUCAGUCACCUCUCACAAUGAGUACAAACCAAGAUAUGUUGAUAUUGGAAUCAACCUUGCCGACCCCAUAUUCAGAGGCAUUUCUCAUGGCUCAAGACGGCACCCUGACGAUCUGGGUGCUGUCAUUUCACGAGCAAACGAGGUGGGGUGCUCGAAGCUCAUCGUCACGGGUUCAGACUUUCAGAGCUGCCGAGAUGCUUUGGCGAUAGCCAAAGAAUAUCCCGGCAAUGUAUACACGACCAUCGGUAUCCAUCCCUGCAGCAGCGCCAUCUUCAGUACUGCCGAUACCAAUCAUGAUGCCAUGCAUUCAAACCCUGACCCAGAAACACCCAUGCCGGACACACACGACCCGGACGCUCAAAAGACCGAGACGAUCAUCGCCGAUCUCGCUGCCCUCAUUGAGCGCACCCACGCAUCCCAGCCGGGCAGCCUCGUCGCAUUCGGCGAGUUUGGGCUCGACUACGAUCGCCUGCACUAUGCCUCCAAGGCCAUUCAGCUACAUGCCUUUGCCGCCCAGCUGGACCUCGUCCUCGCCACGAAGCCUCAGCUGCCCCUAUUCUUGCACUCGCGCGCCGCCCACGAAGACUUCCGCCGGCUUCUGCAGGAGAAGUUCGGCCCCGGCUUGGAGAAGCUCGAGCGCGGCGGCGUGGUCCAUAGCUUUACCGGUUCCAUUGAGGAGGCGCAUGAGCUGAUGGACCUGGGGCUGUACAUUGGCAUCAAUGGUUGCAGCUUCAAGACGGCGGAGAAUUGUGAGGUCGUCAAACAGAUCAGCCUGGACAGGAUGAUGCUGGAAACGGACGGGCCUUGCCCAAAUCAAAGAAGAAUCAGAAGAAGGAGCCCGAGAUUCCCGAGCGAUGGAAGAUCGUGA